GCACCUCACGGUAUCAUGCAGUGUUUCGCGGUAUCAUGCAGUAUGUUUUAAAACGCAACGACGUCGUCGUUAGCAACCAGCUAGCAACGCAGCAAACAAGUUAAAUUUCUGGUGCAACGCGUGGACGAAGGAAAAUUGCCGGCGAGUUCCCGUUUCUUUCCGUUUAUUUGGUAUUUCUUAGCGGGAGAAUGUCGUACGAGAUGAUGUUUUACCCGGAGAUAAGUAUCCAGAAUGAGCUGAAAAAGUUGAUGGCAUGUGCCGAUCAGGCGUACGACUAUCAGCUGGAAGAGAAGCGGAAAAGAUUGCAGGCGCUGCUGCAGACGGAGGAGCAACAGCUGGCAGAGGAAAUUAUGCAAAAACUGCAACGAGAGGAGGAAGAUCGUUUGCAGGAAAAGAAGAAUAAACUGCUGAUAAUGAAGCAGGAACAAGAACGGAAGCGUGCCGAUCUAGUGAAGAACAAAAUGAUACAACUUCAGCUGAACAAUUGUGACGAAAUCAGAUCAUUCCUGCAGCAAAAGUAUCACGAGGAAUCGAAAAAGUGCCAACUGGCUCAGAUCGAGGACAAAAUAAAGUUGAAGCAAGCGAAAAUGGACGAGGAGCGAAUGUGGACCGAUGUGCACAUACGAAAGUACAAAAUGGAUCUGGAAAAGGAACUCUCCAUGAAACGUGAUCGAUCGCUGAUGGAACAGAAAACCCUGCAGGACGUCAAGGUGCAAAUAAAGGAAAAGACUCUCAAAGCCGCCCAAGAAAAGGAGGACCUACAGAAGGUGGUUUGUGCUGCACUACCGUUCCCCGAUCAUGAUCCGAAGCUCAAAUCGAUCGGGAAAGCAGAGCUGGCGGAACAGUUGAAGGAACAGAUCAGUUUUCGCAAGGAGCUGCAGCGCAACCGAGACGAACAGGAUCGCCAGGUGAUCCGCUUACUAAACGAAACUAUGGCCCGCGAGCUGGAGCAGGAGAAGCUGGCAAUCAAAGCCGAGGAGGAGUUAUUGCGUAAACAAAAGGAUCAGUUCUAUCAGUACUCCAAACACGUACAGCGGCAGCGUCAGGUAGAGGAAGGAAAGCUCGACAAGCUUAUCAUGGAUACGCACGCCAAAUUUGAACAGGAAAGUGUGGAAAAAUGCCAACGGGAAAAACAAAGGCACCUUCAGCUUGCCGCCGUAGCCCACGAGGGCCAGCGUAAUCAGAUUGCGGAAAUGGAAGCCCGGAAGCUGAGGGAUCGCGAAGAGCGCCAGCAAGAAGCGCUGAAGGAGCGGGAGUAUCAGGAAAAGAUACGCUACGAUGCUUUGCGAGCGGAUUGCAGGAUACAGACGGCGGUCCAGCAAUACCGGGAUUCGCUGAAAGAACAGAUCAAAUCGGCCAAUCUGGAGCGUGAGCGAGCCAAGCGUACCAACCAGCUGGAAACGAAUCGUAUGAUCGAGCGCAGCUACAACGAGUUAAAUUUUGUGCAAAGCUACGUUAAAGGAUCGUUUGAGGCACACUUUAAGAAACAUCCAAACAUUUCCCUCAUGAAACGAAAGUACUGAUGAGCGUGAGGUGGACC